AUGACAGAGGGAAAUAGUGCGGACAUUAAAAGUCCUCCCUCGCUCAGCGAGAAGCCUGAAAACGUCGAAAUGAACAGUGAAAGUACUGAAUACUAUGAGAAAACAUACGUAGAUAAGUCAACAUACGAAUACAGCGACCACGCAUCUAAGUUUAAAAGAUUUGUGAACUCUUUCAAGAGGUCUGAAGCUAGUGGCAAGGAUGUCGAGCAUACGCGUGACGAAUAUAAGCAUGAACAGUUGAAACAGACAAUCAAACCAAGACACGUUGUUAUGAUCUCUUUGGGUACUGGUAUUGGUACUGGUUUGUUGGUUGGUGCUGGUAAAUCGUUGACGCAAGGUGGUCCAGCGGGUUUGCUAAUGGGAUAUGCAAUCAUGGGAGCUUGCGUUUACUGUGUGAUCCAGGCCGCUGGUGAGAUGGCCGUCUGUUACCCGGCCUUGACCGGUGGUUUCAACAACUACCCAUCGUUUUUGAUCGACCCUGCUUUAGGGUUUGCUACUGCAUGGUUAUACUGUUUGCAGUGGUUGUGUGUGUUUCCGUUGGAGUUGGUUACUGCGGCCAUUACCAUAAGGUACUGGAAUACUACUGUUAACGCAGAUCUCUACGUUUCUGUGUUUUACGUUAUUGUUAUCGUUAUUAAUUUCUUUGGUGCCAGAGGGUAUGCGGAGGCCGAAUUUUUCUUCAACACUUGCAAGGUGUUGAUGAUUGCGGUAUUCUUCCUCGUUGGUAUUUUGAUUAACACUGGUGCUGUCGGCAACGACGGCUACAUUGGAGACCGUUACUGGCGUGAAGCUGGUGCCUUUGGUGGUGAAACUACUUUGCAACACUUCAAAGGUUUCGUUGCUACGCUAGUCAACGCUGCAUUCAGUUUGGGUUGUUCUGAGUUUGUCGCUUUAACCGCUGCCGAGCAAGCCAACCCAAGAAAGUCAAUUCCAUCUGCUGCCAAGAAAAUGCUUUACAAAGUGUUUGUUGUAUUUUUAGGUUCUGUGAUUUUAAUCGGUUUCUUGGUUCCUAUGAACCACGAGGACUUGUUGGGCAGUGACAAUACCAAGUCUGCUUCUCCAUUUGUCCUCGCUGUUUCCAUCCAUGGUAUUUCGAUUCUUCCUCAUAUUUUCAAUGCCGUCAUUCUUCUGGCAUUGUUGUCUGUUGGUAACUCUGCAUUCUACUCUUCCAGUCGUUUGCUUCUUUGUUUGUCAGACCAAGGUUACGCUCCUAAGAUUUUUAAGUACAUUGAUCGUGAAGGAAGACCUUUGAUGGCCAUGAUUGUGUCCAUCUUGAUGGGUUGUAUCUGCUUUGUUGCUGCUUCUCCACACAGAGAGACUGUGUUCAGUUGGCUAUUGGCAAUCUCUGGGUUGUCUCAAUUGUUCACUUGGUCUUCGAUUUGUGUUUCGCAUAUUAGAUUCAGAAGGGCAAUUAAAGUUCAAGGCAGGUCCUUGGGAGAAUUAGGCUACAGAGCCCAAACUGGUGUCGCAGGUUCCUAUUUUGCAGGGAUUAUCCUCAUACUGUCUAUCAUCGGCCAGUUUUGGACUUGUUUGUCACCAGUUGGCGGCCAUGGUGUCGACGUCGGUACGUUCUUCGAAGGUUACCUAGCCAUGCCUAUUUUCCUAAUGAUGUACUUUGGAUAUAAGCUGUGGAACAAAGAUUGGAGAUUAUUCAUCCGCAGUAAAGAUAUCGACCUCGUGUCUCAUAGAAAAGUAUUUGAUGAGGACGUCUUGAAGCAAGAAGAUGUUGAGUAUAGAGAAAAGUUAAAGAACUCUAGCAUGUGGUAUAGAAUAUCGGAGUUCUGGUGUUAA